ACUGAAUUUGAUCAUCAUAGAAAUGAUGGAGCUGCAAGUGCAAGAUGUUGUUCUCUAUGGCAUCUUUACACUCGUUCUAGGAUGGCUUCUUCUCUUGAUCUACAGGUGGACGAACCCUGCAUGCAAUGGGAGGCUUCCUCCUGGCUCCAUGGGCUUACCUAUCGUUGGCGAGACACUCCAACUCUUGAAGUCAAGCCCUUCAUUGGACAUUCCAGACUUCUACAAGCUGAGGCUGAAAAGUAGGUAUGGCCAUCUCUUCAAGACCAGCUUGGUGGGGAAGCCUGUGGUUGUCUCGAUGGACAUGGAGUUCAACCGUUUUGUAUUUCGUAACAACGACAAGCUAUUCCAAUUAUGGUACCCUGACGCGAUGAACAGUAUAUUCGGCAAGAAGAUCAUCUCUGAAUGCUAUGGUUCCAUUCACAAAUACAUCCGAAGCUUAGGAGCUCCACUCUAUGCACCAAAAAACCUUAAGGAAGCGUUCUUAUCUGAAAUGGAGAGCAUCAUCACAGAGUCCCUUAGAACAUGGGCUGCUAAUCCAAACAUCGAGGUGAAGGAGGCCAUGACCAACAUGUUGUUUCGUAUUACAAUCAAGAAGGUUAUUGGCUUUGAGUCUGAUAGCCCAAGCACAAAGGAAUUGAGAAAAAAAUUCGAAUUGUUCUUCCAAGGCGCAGUAUCCUUCCCAAUUUAUGUUCCAGGGACAAAAUUCUAUCAAAGCAUGCAGGCAAGAAAAUAUGUGCAAAAGGUGCUGAAAGAUUUGCUGAAACAACGGAUCAGUACACCACAAAAACGAUAUGGGGACUUUUUGGACAUAGUUGUUGAAGAAUUGCAAAGUGAAGAGGCAUUGGUGGAUGAAAAUUUCAUGGUGGAUUUAGUUUGUGGACUCAUAUUUGCUGGCAUUGCAUUAACACCAACAACACUCACCAUAGGCAUGAAGUUCCUCACAGACAGCCCAAAUGUAGUGGAAGCACUUACGGAGGAGCAUGACGCAAUACUAAAAAAACGAGAAGUGGUGAAUUCAAGAAUCACAUGGGAGGAGUUCAAGUACAUGAAAUUCACUAAUCAGGUUAUUAAUGAGAUGGUUCGUGUAAGUAGCCAUGGUCCCGGGAUUUUUAGAAAGACAUUGAAGGAUGUCCAUGUAAAUGGCUAUACGAUUCCAGAGGGAUGGUUGGUCUUGGUGAGCCCCAUGGCAGUGCAUUUAAAUCCUUUGAUUUUUGAAGAUCCACUCACCUUUAAUCCAUGGAGAUGGCAGGGAGCCCAUGGGAGCUCUUUGAUGAAGAACUUCAUGCCAUUUGGAGAUGGUGCGAGGCACUGCAUUGGUGCCGACUUCACGAAGCUUCAGAUUGCGAUGUUCCUUCACGCUCUGGUGACCAAAUACAGGUGGAAGGAGAUCAAAGGAGGUCAGAUGUUCCGCAUUUCGGACCUCGUCUUCCCGCAACCCUACCACAUUCAGCUCUUUCCGAGGUCCUCAUCUGAAUCCGAGUGAGGCCUAUGCAUCUUCUUGGGCAAAUCUAAUGCAAGGUGUGCUAUGUAGUGGAAGGGUAUGCUUAUAUUGUGGUCUGAAUAACACAGUGUGCUAUGUGCUUUCUUGAGUAAGUAUGUAUGACCUACUUGUGUGAGAGAAGAUCAUCCGUCUCCUGUAUCAGUGUCUGAGUGUAAGAGGACCCUGUAGCACAAUAAGAUUGGUCAUGUACACAUCUAUAGAACUGCAUCAGCUUCUUUGAAAGUGACGGUUGGACGAAUGCUAGUCGAGUUAAUUAUAUGCUAUUAUACUCUGUUCGUGAAA